GGCUGACCUCGGGUCUGAACAACCUCAUCGCUCCUUCAACCAUGACUCCCCUCAUCGUUUAUACGCUUUUGAUGAUCGUAUCUUACCUGGUCUAUCAUCGUCUUCGCUCGCAAUGGCAUCUCCGACUGCCUUUCCCCCCAGGACCUCCUGCAGAACCCAUUUUAGGGCAUCUCCGUAUUAUUCCUCACAACCACCCGGAGUACCAGUAUGCCAGAUGGAGCCGCGAGUACAAUUCGGAUAUCCUGUAUUUCACUGUCCUUGGACGCCCGAUGAUCGUCAUCAACAGUAUAGAAGCUGCCCAUGACCUUCUCGACAAGGAAAACUAUGCGGACCGGCCACGCUUCGUCCUCUUUGAAGUCAUGGGCUGGGGCAUUACGCUGUCCUUCCUGCGAUGGUCUUCACCACGCUUCAAGCUCCACCGCAGGCUCCUUCAACAGUCUUUCACCCCAUCGUCGUGCAAACCUUAUCGCCCGAUCCAGCAGGAAGAAGCUCGUCGCGCCAUUCGAGCGAUCUUGAGGCAGCCGAAUGACUGGGAGCUGCUUCUGCGUCAAUUCUCCACGGCUGUCGUGCUCCGUAUCGGGUUCGGCAUCCCAAUCCAGCAACACAGCGAUCCUUACGUGCAGAUGGCGAUUGACGUUGAGGAAGCGACCGGAAAAGGCGGCGUUCCAGCAUCAUCCAUUGUGGACUUCUUCCCUCUUUUCCGAUUUCUCCCAACUUGGGUCGCCAAAGUUUCGACUCUCUUCGAGCCACUCGCGCACGCCCGUCGUACGAGACCAUUCAUACAACAACUUCAUGACAAGCCAUGGGAAGCCACGGAGCCAUCCAUCCGCGCCGGGACUGCCACGCAGCCGUCGUUUAUGCUUACGCAUUUUGGCCGAUAUCUUUCGAACGAAGCAAAUGGGCGGAACAACGAGGCGACGAUUGCCGACCUCAAAGGUGCAGCGGGUGCUGUUUCCAUUGCAGGGGGGAACACCACAUGGUCAACGAUUAUUGUUUGUAUUUUGAAUCUGAUGCUGCACCCGGAGAUCCAGCGACGCGCCCGGGAAGAGAUUGAUCUCGUCGUCGGCGUUGACGAUGCAGGCGGCCCUGUUCGUUUGCCUACAUUCGAUGAUCGCCCUCAGCUCAAGUUCCUCGAGUACAUAUUGCUCGAAACCACGCGCUGGGCCCCGUUAUCCCCAGUGGGUGUUCCGCACGCUACUAUGGCCGACGAUACGUACAAGGGAUAUUACAUCCCCAAGGGGGCCGUGGUGUAUGCCAAUGCGUGGGCCAUGACGCACGAUGGGCGGCACUAUUCCACCCCAGAUGAGUUUGAUCCGGAUCGUUAUCUUCCUCUCUCGGAGGGAGGAAAGGGCGAGCCGCUGCCCGAGGGACCGUUUGGAUUUGGACGUCGUAUAUGUCCCGGGCAGCAUCUGGCGUUAGCAGGGGUUUAUAUCGCCAUGGCAACUCUACUGGCCACGAUGGAGUUGAAAUGCCCGUUGGAUGAGAAAGGCAUGGAGCUUAAACCUGAAGUAUCCUUUACGAAUGGGCUGAGCGGCGUGCCUGACACAUUCCAGUGUGUUAUGAGGCCACGAUCUGAAAGGAUAACCAAGUUGCUCUAACUUGAUAAUGGGAAUAUGUCUGGAUGAUGGCAAGCAGUACGGAGAUUUUUUUUUUUUUUUUUUUUU